CUAGGGUUUUCUCUCUUUCAGAAAAAAAAAAAAAACAAAACAUUAAUGUCUCUGCUUCUAAGACGGCUCUCGAGGCUCCGCCUUGGGAAACCUUUGCUGGUAAGAUCAUCUGUUCUUCUUUCUAAUGGCUUUUCAUCAUCCUCGCUGCAAACUCCUCCUUGUUCCAUCGUCUGCGCUUUUCCUUGUGAAGCGGAUCUCGGAAAACUCGUGAUAAUGAAUGCUAAUGAGGGUUGCUGCACUUAUUUGGAAAAGAGGGUGCCCCUGGAGUUGGUGGAUAGCGAUCCAAUGGUGACGAUAGGGGCAUCUCAUGGCUGGGUAGCUACUUUGAAGGACGACGGAAUAGUGCGUCUCCAAGACGAUCUAAACCCUGUUGCAUCGGAUACAGAUCCAAAACGCAUCUCGCUACCUCCUCUUGUGACUCUGCCUCGUUGUCAAACCCAGAUUGUGACCAACGUGGCCAUGUCCUCGUCUUCUCCCGAUGAUGAAGAUUGUGUUGUGGCUGUCAAGUUCUUGGGACCUCAACUUAGCUUUUGUAGACCCGCUCAAAGUAACUCCCAGUGGAUCAACUUCAGGAUCGCAAACCCCUGCUUCUACUCCUCCCAUGUUAUAUUUUCCAAGAAACAUGACAUGUUUCGCAUUCCCGGAUCUGGAGGCCAUCUCAUUGGAUCAUGGGAUCCGCUCACACACAAGCACAAACCAAAGUUUCAGAGGUUGCGAUUUAAAAACCUUCCUGAGCUGACCAAGACCAAACGGGAGCUUCUGCAUUCUUGCUGCACAACCGAACACUUGGUGGAGUCAGAAUCCACUGGUGAAACUUUCUUGGUUAAGUUGUACAGGAAGGCCACCCCUAGUGGUACGUUGAGAAUGCAAACAAAAGCUGUGAUGGUCUUCAAACUUGACGAAGAUGGAAAUGCCGUUUACACUCAAGACAUUGGAGAUCUCCGCAUUUUCCUCUCAAAGUCUGAACCUUUUUGUGUCCCUGCUUCUUCCUUUCCUGGCAUGGGCUCGAACCGCAUCGAAAUCUUGGAUAUCGAAGAAAGCAUCUCUGUCUUUCUGUGUGAUUCCUUCAUCAUUGCUAGACAUUGUACACGCGGGGCACCUUACCAUAUCCCACCUCAAAAUAUAGAGUAGUUGUUCCGAAUUGAGUUCGAGUCUAGAGUCUGUCUUUUCUAUUUAACCUUGGAAACAUUUUUAUCUAUCCUUUGGGAGAUUGAUAUGCAUUUGCUUUUGGAGAAGAUUUUCUCUUGUUAGUCUCCCAACUAAUUAUGUGUGCUGUCAAUCACUCGUUAAACUAUUUUUCUAGUUGAACGUCAUUUUGAAGUUGCCUCUC